AUGGCAUCUGACUUGUCAAACGGUGCGCAGGUCGCGAGUAGCGUCUCCUCCACGCUUGCUGGUGCUUGGGACAUGUCGACAGUCCAGCCACUCGCCGACGCCAUGAACACCGCGCCGGCAGAUGUAGCAGCUGCCCACGAGUCUACAGGCUGGCUGGGCUUCUUUGGGUGGCUGCUAUAUAUUGUUUUUAAUCUGGUCUCUACUGUGCUAUACUGGGUUAUCCGCAUAGCGACGAUUUCUAUCCCAAGGCUGCUGUACGCCUUGUUUUCCACUAGCUGGACGGUGACUAUGAACGCCACCACGCUCAUGUUUAUCCUGGUCGGCGUUGUUUCUGCUGCCAGCUGGGUCGUGAGAUAUCGCAUCCUCAACAUGUACUCGAGGCUCCCGCCCGAGCCGCAAAGAAAAGAACCUGAAAUAGAUCUUUUCCCGGAUAGUCACGAAGAGGGUAGCAAAGGGGGGCUAGCGAGCUACCUUGAUGAGUUCUUAAGUGCGAUCAAGAUUUUUGGCUAUCUCGAGCGUCCGGUCUUCCACGAGUUGACCCGCAGUAUGCAGACUAGGAAGCUUAUUGCCGGUGAGACGAUCAACUUGGAAGAAGAGAAGGGGUUUUGCAUUGUUGUUGAUGGUUUGGUCGAGAUUUUCGUCAAAUCUGGGAGACACAAUACAUCUCGUGAUUCCUCAGCAGCUCACGACCUCGAUUCAUCUUCUGAUGAGGAGUUGGCACCUGAUCAACAGAGAUAUCAACUGCUGACGGAAGUGCGUAAUGGAGCUCCCAUGUCUUCACUCUUCUCCAUCAUGUCUCUUUUUACCGAGGAUGUGAAACUUCGAUUGAACGAGGAUUCCUCUCCAUUACGGCCAAAUGGGAACAGCGAUUACCGAAGGCAUGCAUCCAUUGGUGAACCUGAAAGUCAAAGAUUCACUCCCGCUCCAGUUUCUAUGCCUAAUACGCCUCAACUGGACGGAAAGUCGGGCCAGGCUGCGGUUUCCAAUGUGCCAACAGAAGGUGAAAGCCAGGUGCUUUCUGCUGGUGACCUUCACGGGCCAAAUUCCAGUAUCCCUCCCAUCUCUUUGGAUCCCUCGUCGCCAACAAGACCUCAGAGACCAAAGCUGCCGGGAAGAGCCUUGUCUCACUCUGCGCAUCCCGAUAUUAUUGCUCGAGCGACGGUUGAUACAACCAUUGCCAUCAUCCCAGCAAGCGCGUUUCGUCGCCUCAUCAGAAUCUACCCCAAGGCUACGUCGCACAUUGUACAUGUCAUUCUGUCUCGCUUUCAACGAGUUACCUUGGCUCACGCAUUCGAUUACCUGGGCCUGACGGGCGAAGUUUUACAGACGGAGAAGAGCAUGACCAAAUACACUGUGUGCCAACUUCCCAACAUCUUGAGAGGCGACGCUCUGUCGCGUCUGAAAGAAAAGUUCAAGCAUGAACGUGCUCGCAUUGCGGGAGAUGACGAGAGGAAUGGAAUUGCCCUCCAUAAUGCCGCUGCUACCAGGCGCCGCCGUUCAAGUAGCACCACGUUGCGCAAGGAAGCCAUGCUUUCUUCUCUGACCAAGCAACGGCCGUCGUCACACCUGGGAAGCAUUAAUUCGGCCAUGGAGGAGUCACCUCAGCCACUUGAGCAUAGUUCCAACCACCCCGGUGAUUUGGCAAACAUUCACGCCAGCCGAAAUGCUGGUCGUAGUCCCAUCACACCGGGACCUGGUGUCAGAGACAUGACUAGUCCGCUUGCUCACAGGUCGUUUAACCCAUUCGAUUCACAACGGCAUGCACGCAUUUCCAUUGAUGCGAGAGAGUCUCUCGACGAAGACAACUUAUUCCGAGCGUCUAUUCUCGAAUGCAUGUUCAAAUCUCUCGGUUUGGAUGGCGCGGGUUCAGCAUCUCGGGAGCCAGAAUCUGUGGAUGGCUCUCCUAGGCUACUUUCGGCGGACCACAGACGUAGGGCUUUUGGUACGAACAAUGCCUUUGGAUUCAUGGGCCCUUUUGAGAGCUUAGCUGAUGGCGAAACUGAGUCGAUCACAUCGGGUGGGUUGACAAUUCAUACGCCACCAAGUGCGCAAAUCCUGUCCCACGAAAUGAAGGAUGAGGUUGAGAUUGUCUUCUUCCCCAAAGGCUCUGUGCUCGUUGAGCAAGGCGAAAGGAACCCAGGUUUGUACUACGUGAUUGACGGGUUCCUGGAUAUGGGCACAUAUACAACGGAACAGGGCUCGCAAAAUAUUUUGCAAACCUCCGGCCCAGCAUCAUUUAAUAUCGCCGCAAAAACCAAUGCCACCAGUCGAACUGAUCUCAACAAGAACACUGGCCGCACACGCCGGAGCAUAUCCCUGGUCAAACCUGGCGGAUUAGCUGGCUACAUUGGCAGCGUCUCCUCUUAUCGUUCCUUCAUCGAUGUCGUUGCCAAGACGGAUGUUUAUGUCGGCUUCCUCCCCCGAGCAGCACUGGAAAGAAUUGUGGACAGAUACCCAAUCGUGCUGCUCACCAUGGCCAAGAGACUGACACACGUCUUGCCACGUCUCAUCCUCCACAUUGAUUUUGCACUUGAAUGGGUACAGGUCAACGCUGGACAAGUCAUUUUUCACAGAGGCGAUGAAUCAGAGGCAAUCUAUAUUGUCCUCAAUGGCCGACUUCGUCUGGUGGAAGACAGAAAGGAUGGCGGCAUGUCCGCACUUGCUGAAUUUGGCCAAGGUGAAAGUGUUGGCGAGCUUGAGGUUCUCACAGAGACCGUUCGUCCUGGAACAUUGCAUGCUAUCCGUGACACUGAGCUGGUAAAGUUCCCCCGAACCCUGUUCAACAGCUUGGCACAAGAGCACCCCAACAUUACGAUCAAGAUCUCCAAGAUUAUUGCAUCUCGUAUGAGAGCGGCUGUGGAGGACCCUCCCAAAAACGGUGCGAAAGAAUCUGGGUCUGGUGCCAUCAACAAUCAGAGGAAGUCGACUAUGAAUCUUCGAACCGUCGCGAUUCUUCCAGUCACCGCAGGCGUUCCAGUUGUUGAGUUUGGGAAUCGACUGAUGAAUGCUUUGGCCCAAGUAGGGCCACCAAAUGGCGCAACGUCGUUGAACCAAUCAGCCAUCUUGAACCAUCUUGGCAAGCAUGCUUUCAAUAAAAUGGGCAAACUGCGUCUCACUCAGUAUCUUGCUGAUCUUGAGGAAAAAUAUGGCCUUGUGGUAUACGUAGCAGAUACCAAUGUCAACUCCCCGUGGACGCAAACUUGCAUCACCCAAGCUGACAGCAUCCUGCUCAUCGGCCUUGCGGAUGGAUCUCCUGCCACUGGCGAAUAUGAGCGGUUCAUGCUUGGAAUGAAAUCGACUGCCAGAAAAAUGCUUGUCCUGUUGCACAAUGAGCGCUACUCUCGAUCCGGUGUUACUCGGUCGUGGUUACGCAACAGAAUGUGGAUUAACGGCGGCCACUAUCAUAUUCAGAUGCCUUACAGCACAAACGCAAUGCCCGUCCACCUUCCAGCGUCGAAGAGACUUGGCCAAGCCCUCAAGGAGCGGGUGCAGGUGCUUCAAGCAGAGAUUCAAAAGUACACAUCAAGAAAGGUGCACCACACGCCAUACUACUCACCGGAAACACCGUACAAGAGUGACUUCCACCGCCUUGCCCGUCGGCUCUGUGGCAAAUCUAUUGGUCUCGUUCUUGGUGGUGGUGGAGCUAGAGGCAUGAGCCAGAUCGGGGUGAUUAGAGCCAUGGAAGAAGCGGGCAUUCCCAUUGAUGUGAUUGGCGGUACAUCCAUUGGUGCCUUUGUCGGAGCAUUGUAUGCUCGACACGCAGAUAUUGUUCCCAUGUUUGGCUUUGCGAAGAAAUUCUUUGGCCGCAUGGCAAGUUUAUGGCGAUUCGCCCUCGACUUGACGUAUCCGUCAGCGUCAUACACAACUGGACAUGAAUUCAAUCGAGGCAUCUUCAAGACAUUUGGCAAUACCCAGAUUGAAGACUUUUGGCUUGAAUAUUACUGCAACACGACCAAUAUCAGCAAGAGCAGAGUUGAAUUCCACACGAGCGGAUAUGCCUGGAGGUACAUCCGUGCAUCCAUGUCGCUUGCCGGCCUGCUUCCACCGCUUUGCGACGAAGGCAGCAUGCUCUUGGAUGGUGGCUACGUGGACAAUUUGACUGUCUCGCAUAUGAAGGCACUGGGCGUUGAUAUUAUUUUUGCCGUUGAUGUCGGCGCCCUGGACGACGACACACCCCAAACAUACGGUGAUUCAUUGUCGGGCAUGUGGGCUUUCUUCAACAGAUGGAACCCGCUGUCUGCACAUCCCAACCCGCCAACGCUGGCGGAGAUUCAAGGCCGUUUAGCGUAUGUGUCGAGCGUAGAUGCGUUGGAGCGAGCAAAGACUAUGCCGGGGUGCAUUUACAUGCGUCCGCCGGUGGAUGACUAUGGCACAUUAGACUUUAUUAAAUUUGAUGAAGUGUACCAGAUGGGAUACAGAUUUGGUAAAGAGUUUCUGCAAAGACUUAAAGACGAGGGUGGCUUCCCUUGGAUGGAGGAAGCAGAGGCUAAAGAAGCCAUGCGACGAACAAAGGCACCCCGUAGAGCGAGCAUCUAG